GCCGCCUGGGGAAACAUCGAAUCCAGAGUUCAACAGGUGGAGGGUGUCGUCAAGAACCAGGGCAAGGAGCUCAAGGCGGUGCAUCUCAAGCAGAAGCAGAGUGAUCAAAAGGUGGCGGGGGUGCAAGCCAAAGGGGAUGCCACAGCGCGUAAGACCGACGAGCUUGAGGGUGAGUUGACCAAGUUGAAGACCCGGGUGGACGAGAUAGCGGCCAAUGCGGAGUCCUCGGUGAAUAAGAACGGGCCGGACCCAUGGCAAGACUACAUCAACCACACGAAGGGUGGACAGAAGGAUAGACAUCGUCCCAAAGAAGGAAGUGGGCAAGCACGUCAAAAUCCUGGGGAGGACCGUCGACAUGAACUCAGUGAUGAGGACAAGAAUUCCCUCAUCUUCGGGGGAUGGCUCCCGGAUACCAGACGGGCGACCAUACAGAAUGAGGCGGAAAACAUUCUCAAGGAUGAGAACUUUGUCAACCUUGUUGACUCCCCUUCCCUUGUAGUUUUCGGCCCUCGUCGCAGCUUUGGGCUCCUCCGUUUCAAGCAACGAGACCAGGAAACAUCAGUGGCUUUACGUGCUCGUAUGUGGGAGGUUGUCACUAAGAUCCGACAAAACAAGAUCAUUCUGGACAGCACUCGGGGUGAAGUUGGUGAUGGUAAAGCUGUUUGGGCAUCGUUCAUGAAGACACCCGAGGCCCGGAAAAGGUCGGCGAUGUGCUCCUUGGUAAGAAGGGUUGUCAUGAAGCUUGCGGCCCUGGGCAAGAAGGAAGAUGGGGAGACAUUCAAUGCUGAGGCGAUCACCCCGGAAGGCUAUGACGUGGACUGGGGGACAGGCACGAUAUGGCAUGGCCCGCUUAAGUUGGCAAGUGCUACACACCGCAAGGACUCAGACCGGCCCGAUGAUUUCUUUCAGUUGAACCAAGGAACCGCCAGCUCCCUCCGUAUAUCCAGCUGGAAUUUGGGUGGUCAAACCGUGGAUAAACUUGCCUUGGUUGAACCGACCACAGACAUCUUCCUAACACAGGAAGUUGCAAGGGGUGAUGUUGGAUGGACUGAACGAGAGAGUGAUACACAUUUUUGGGUGACUCACCGUUGCAAAGACCAGUGGCGGGGCACAGCGAUAGGGAUUUCCUACGAAGUCUUUGACUCUGUGAUCUCUAAAAAGGCUACAUCGCGAGGGAUCGUCGUACUCGUCAAGCUGAAAGGAAGGGGAAGCGUUCUCUUGGGGACAAUGCAUGGCCACACGGGUGUUACCAACAAAGUCUACCAGGAAGCUGCGGCGCAAUUCCUUGCUUCACUGCGGGGGAAAUGGAGAAUGCAUCCCUGCAUCUUGGGGAUCGACGUUAAUGAGAGCAUUCGAUGGGGGGGUCAGGACCAGGAGGGAUCAAGCGACGUGCUGGCUGGCAGUACCAACCUCAAUUACCUUUGUGAUCAGUUGGCUGGAGCGGGGCUGAGACCUAUUGCCCCAAGAACCCAAGACCGCAACAAGGCGACUCACUUUCCGAGGGACGAACGCCGUGAAGGACGUCAAAUUGAUGCCAUUUGGGGUCGUCAGCUACCUGUCGGGGAAGUUCACAUUGAUGCGCUUGCACGUCACAAGAUUGGGACCGACCAUGCCAUUCUUCACGUUCAUGCCUUUCUUGAGUAUACCAGAGGUAGAUGGUGCACACCUUCCAAAGCACGAUUUGUUGUGCGUGAAUUGCCGGACACCCAACUUGUGGAUGUUGAUGACAUCGUGAACCUUGCCAAGCAGUGCACCAGGUGCGCUCGAGGGGUGAAAUAUGAGGAUCCGCCCGAAGUUAAGGAAGCCAUUCAGGAAGCUCGCCGCAUUGGUGACAAACAGGCCUGGAGGCAAGUGCACCGCUUGCGCAAACAAGCCCGUCGCCGGUGGGAGGAGCUCCGGGUGAGUUGUAUUUUGCAAGGUGACUGGGCUGCAUACCGUGCUCGCAAGACCCAAAAGACCAAGAAGUCAGGCUGGUGGGGGCGAAUGCUAGAAUCGAGGACGACUAAGCAGCUCACGGAUGCGACUACAACACAUCUGGCCUCCAAAAUGUGUGGUCCUCCCCCUGACGAAUGGGAUGCAGACUUGCAGUCGAUGAUAGCUGCCAUCCCGCUUGAGGAUCACUGGGAGCCAUUCGAUGUUGGCCAAAUCCGGGACGAGUUGAGUAAGAUGAAGCCGCAAGCCUCAGUCGGACCUGAUCAAAUUGGGGUUGAUCUACUGAGAAAGUUGGUUGACCAUGAUGCGCUCAAGGGUGACUUUGUUGAUAUUAUCAAUCACGUCGUCUUCCACAACUUUGCGCCGGAAUCCUGGAGACACUCGUUGCUGGCAUUACUGGCCAAAGUUGAUGUACCGACAGGUCCACAUGAGCUUAGACCCAUUGCCAUGUCCUCUGCACUGCAGAAACUUACCAGUCGGCUCGUGAUGUCCCGGACCUUUCCCGCCUUGCGCAAAGGAACAGAGUUUGCAUGCUGUGGCAAAGGUCGUCAGGCUGCUGACCUUGUGGGAUGCUUCACGCGUCUCCGAGAUAUGUGCAAAGAAUGGCGUAUCCCGCUCCUCGUAGCCAAGCUUGACAUCAGGGGUGCAUUUGAUGCACUGGAUCGGAAAGCUGUCGCCAGAUUCCUCAGUGAUAAGUUGACCCAUGUCGGACUGGGGCGUGAGGCCAGGUACCUGCUUGGCCAGUUGCAGUCCAACUUUCUUGGUGGCCCGGUACCUGGUGGGGAUCAAAUAAAUAUCCACUGCACAACUGGCAUUCGACAAGGGGCACCGGAGUCAGCGGAACUUUUUGCGCUGGUACUUGAAGCGGCGCUGGAUGAGAUGAGGGCAGGACAGCAAUGGCAACGACUCUCCAAACCCAUCCAUGAUCUCGAGGUUGAUUUGCUCAUGUACCAGGACGACCUCUUUCUUUGGGACCCCUCGCCGGAGGGAAUUGCUAUGAGAUUGGACUUGAUUGAUCAGGCCCUUGCUGGCCUUGGGUUGCAACUGGCCAGCAAAAAGACGGCGGUCAUCAGUACAACUGACUAUGUUGGGGGCAGGGUCGUCAAGUUUCGCGAUGAGGCCAUUCCUGUGCAGCCUCCUCAUGAGCCCAUCCGAGUCCUUGGCCUAGAGUUCACCUUUGAUGGAGAUCGAAGCCGUCAAGCUCGGGAACUUAUUUCGAGACUCCGAGCGGCCUUUGGACAACACAGGGCGCUGCUUGCUGGUAGGGCUUCUUGGAAUAACAAAGUCUUCGCGCUUCGAAUGUUGGUUGAAGGGGCUGUCACCUGGGUGGCUGGAGCUGUCUACUGGGCCGUUGAUGAUCUCCAGAUGCUCAACACCAUGCAAAUGCAUGUGCUCCGGGAGAUUUUCCACCUGGGGCGGCGUGGCUUCACAACAGCCCGUAUGAUCGCUGGAGCACACGAGUACGUAACCUACAAUUUGGCCUCGCUGGACAUUGGUGUCGUCAAUGGGAAGAUGAUGGUAGGGGAGUCGAUGGAAGUCCCGGGAUUACUGCUAGAUUCCUGCAGUGGCGAUGCCUCCGAUGGUGGAGAGAACAACAACACAUCACUGUCCGUGCGGGGGGUAUUAGGCACCCGCGAACGUUUCACCCGGCCAACUUCGAAAGAGAACUGGCUGAAGCCCUGGGGACAAACUGGAUGGACCAAGCACGUGAUCGAGAUGGGUGGCAAAUGCUCAGGGCGGGGAGAUGACAGCCGGCUUGCUCGAGUGAUUUUGUUUGCCCCUCCCUUCUGCCAUGGCGUCGCGGUGUCUCUCUUGCUUGGGGGGCACGAUUCUUCGCGUCCUCUUCCUGGAUGUGGCAUUGGAGGUUGGGGCGCAACCCCCGUGUUUGAUGUCUACCUUCAGCUCCGGCUGCGGCACGACUUCUAUGUAUAUGUGUGCUUUCACUACUUUAACCUCGCCAGCUUCUUUGACAUCUACGACCACGACAGCCUGCCCUUCACCUACAACCUGCUCCUCAUCUACAUCCACGACUACAACGACUACAACGACAUGCCUCUCACCUAUAUCUCAGUGCGUGACCUCUUUGACCUCUUUGACCUCUUUCACUGGGGUGCUUCCUUUCGCUGCGAUGAGUUCCACCACCUCCACAACCAUUCUGACUUUGGAUGA